AUGACAACGAUGUUCGUCCAACUGCGUGGUGUGGUGUACCUGUUGGUACUUCUGCAGUGUUGUGUGUGUGUGGCACAUGCAACCGACGGUCAGAGUACUGUUGAGAAUGCGGAGGGGGAAUUAAAAAAAUGGGUGAAGAAGGCAGACGAACUUUUGGGGAAGGGAAGGGGGUGUGUGACGGUAUGGAAGAAGGAAGAGGAGUCAUGCAAUGGAAGAAUUUCUCCCACCAAGAGUGUUGCCGAUGGCACUCAUAGUCUUGUUACGGAAAUAAAGAAAAAACUGGGAGGUGGUGUGAUAACCAAAGAUCAGGGGACCGGUGAUGAUGAUCUCGUGGAAAAGGCCAAAAAAGCGAUGCAGAAGACUCAAGAAACAGUAAACGAGACGAAGGCAAUACUGGCAGAAACUGCGGUAGUAAAUAUACAAUGUUCCUAUAUCCUUGAGGAAUGGCGACAAGAGAUGGAGAAUAAGGACGGGGCACGAAAGCACUACGUAAGUGUGAUUAAAGGCGCAGAAGAAAAAUACAGGACGCCAGAGAGAAUAGAACUGGUUGAGGAAAGCAACAAAACGCAUAAGGUAUUGUCUGACGUCAUGGGUGAACUCGCCGUUGCUUCUAAACGGAGUUCUUCGUGCACGCGGGUUGUCAAGCAGCAUCAAGAGAGAGCGGAGCGUGCGAUGAAAGAACUCGAGGGAGUUAGCGGUGAUGUUGUGGAACAAAUUAAGGAAGCCAGAACACACAAUGCAACGGUUCCGAGGGAGUCUACCGUAAAGGCGAGGCUGGAUGUUGAGUGGGAAGAAGAAGCACAGGCAAUCGUAAAAGCGAAGGAGGAAGAAGAACAAAAGAAGAAACAGGCAGCACUGGAGAAAGCACAAGCUGAACAGAGGUUACUCGCGGAAAAAGAGGCAAAAGAAAGGGAAGCGGAACUGGAAGAGCAAAAGAGACGGGCUAGGGAGCAGGAGAGAAUGGCUCAAGAAGAAUUGGAUAGGAAGAAAAAAGCAGCAGCAGAAGAAGAAGCGGAGAAGAGAAAAGCCGAUGAAAAAAGAGCCCAAGAAGAAAAGACUAAACAAGAUCAAGAGAGGAGGGAUGCAGAGGAAAAGGCUCAAAAGGCUAGAGAAGCAUUGGAGAGAAAGGAAAAAGAACAGCUGGAACGGGCAGCGGAAGAGGCGAGAAAAAAAGCAGAAGCGGCUAAGAAGAAUGACAACAGCCACCACAGUCCUGCAUUGGUGCAGAGUCCCUUAUUGUUGAUUCUGUUAUGUGUGUUGGGUUGCACUCUCGUUUGCUAA